CAGCGGAAGUUAGCUAUGAGUCACUGUCUCACUCGCGACUCCACCAGCUCAGUGACUAUUGCGAACAUUUACGGCAUUUCCUGUCGGGGACACUAGACGGGUAUUGUCUUCUAGUUCCCCCGCUUACAUAUUACCAUUUUCUCCCGCCAUGGUUUCCGCGACUUUGCGUCGGGGUUGGGGACUGGCGGCGUCGAACCGGCGUCGCGGCUGUUCAAUCGUCGGACCGACUUCCAGUCUUCUGUUGACCACCUUAGCAAUCGCGCUUGCUCUGAUGUCGCCCGCCCGGGCCGCCACGUCGUGCCGCGCCUGCGAGGGAACGACGCCCGUGUGCGAUGACGUCACGGGACGUUGUGACGUCAGGUGCGACUACGUCAAGGUGUGCGAGGGGGAGGGCGAUGGCUGCGUCGCGUCCAUGUACCCUGUGGUGGACAACCAGACGGCAGAGAUGACGUAUGAAGUGCAGACGGGAUGCUGGCCCGGCUUCAACUUCAACAACCCUCAGGAGGACGAAUGCAGGGCAGAUGAUACAUUUCCGGGGAUGUACACUUGUCUGUGCGGGACGGACGAGUGUAACGGAGAGAUCAUCAUCCCCCGUGCAGGAGUGGACCGUCCCUCGGUCCCGGAGUCGGGAGGAGACAUCCCCCCGGACUUCCUACUGGAUCCAAAUGACUCUCCGUCUCCCCCCGUGGGGUCGGGCGGUUUCCCCUGGGAUCCCAUGGCAGGGCCUGGACGGGACGAUCCCACUGUCCGUCCAGGGGGUGAGUCCAACCAUCACUUCGUGGGUAGCUCUGCCACUGCUAGUGCUGACAGAGCCUAUGGACCAGACAACACCAGUGUCCUCAUCGGUAUCGUCACCAUCAUCCCCGCCAUCCUGGUCCUGGUCCUUGUCAUCUUUGCCGCGUACGUUCUCUACCGCCGGAGACACCCGAAGACCCCGCCUUCGUCAAUCUUCGGCACCAAGCUCGAGGACGGCAACGGAAACUACCAAAUAAAGCUCGACGACUUCGACUCGGAGGUGGCCGACCCGAGCUUGGAAAACACUCUGAAUCACAACGAGGAACACUUACCCAUCAAACUGGACACCUCGGUCGGGAAGGGACGCUUCGCAGAAGUCUGGAAGGGAAAACUGUUUCAAGAGAGCGAGGACAGAUUCGUUACUGUCGCCGUUAAGAUCUUCCGCUACGAUGAGAAGCAAUCUUGGCAACGUGAGAAGGACAUCUUCUCAGACCCAGCCUUGAAGCACCCCAACAUCUUAGACUUUCUGACAGCUGAGGAGCGGGGUAGUGGCAUCGAUAGGCAGUACUGGCUCAUCACUAGUUACCAUAGUAACGGCUGUCUGAGGGCGUACCUCGGACGUCACGUGCUGUCGUGGGAACAGCUGAUUGUGAUGAGUCAGACGACAGCGGCAGGGCUGGCCUAUCUGCACGCAGACAGAGCCACGGACGGAGCGGCCAAGAUGCCGAUCGCUCACAGGGAUGUGAAGAGCUCGAAUGUGCUGGUGAAGAGUGACGGAACCUGCUGCCUGGCUGACUUUGGGCUGGCUCUCAACUUGGACCCCACAAUAAGGGUGGAAGAGUACGCUAACAGUGGCCAGGUGGGCACACCUAGGUACAUGGCCCCUGAGGCGCUGGAGUCCCGUGUGAACCUGGUAAACCUGGAGUCCUUCAAACAGAUUGACGUGUACGCCAUGGCACUGGUACUGUGGGAGAUGCUCGCCAGGUGUGAGGUCACUGGAGAUGUGGCCCCCUACCAACCCGCGUACGCUGACAAGCUGAGCGGCGACCACCCCGGGAUCGACACCAUGAAAGACGUGGUGAUCCGUGGACGAGAGAGGCCUGACAUCCCACCUGGUUGGCUGGUACAUCAGGGGCUGUGCCGAAUGUCAGAGAUCAUCGAGGACUGUUGGGACCACGAUGGCGAGGCUCGCAUCACCGCGUCGUGCGCAGAGGAGAGAAUAAACGAACUACAGAAGCGCCAGUUCACCGCCAUCACUAUAGACUCAGAAGAUGACGAAAAAGAACCCUUAAGACCAAAAACCAGAUAUAUUGAAGAAACAGAUGUAUAACCAAGACUCAAAGAUGAGAGCUGUACAAAUGCUUGUUUACCUAGCCUUCAGAUGCUUUACAUAUAUAAGUUACAUAGUGAAACAGAACGUUACUCGGCAAGGUGUUUUACAAUUUGGAAACUUGUUUCAGCCCUGCAGGGACUUUUACGAAUUAGAAACUUGUUUCAGUCUAAGAUUCUUCAAAAGGAUGCAUAUGGCUUUUGUAUUCCGAUUUUGUGCAAUUCGUCCGCAUACUAUUUUUAGGUUUGGAAAACCGGAACUUGUAAAUAGAUAUCUCAGCAUAUCUAAUCAAGCUUGUAGCUACAACAAAAAUGAGUUAAUUUUUCAAUGUGUAGGCUUCAUAUUGAGUCAAUCAUUUUCUAUAAAUUUCAAUGAAUUGCAGUACUUUUACAAAUGUAGAGAUACAAAAUAUGCUUUAAGUUUUGGUCACAAAGCAGAUUAUAACUGCUACUUUUUAGGAACUGUUUUAUUGCAGGUUUUGUUGGGUAAUAUAUUUUUUACUAACACACUAGUGAGAUUUCAGUUCAUUGGGGGAAUAUGUAACCUUUAAAUUGAAUCUCACAGAAGUUGUGAUGUAGUUGGAUUGGAAAUUUAGAUGGAUUGGACAUUUUUGUAGCGGUUUUUAGCGUGGCUGUUGUAAUGUGGUAGGAAUAUUGUGAACAUGAAGUGUAAUGAUUCUGAGCAAAUUGACGCACAAAGUAAAAAUUGUAACCCAGGGAAUCAUGACAUUUUUUUGCAAAAAUUGAUUUGCAUAACUGAAAUUCUUGAAGCAAAUGAAUGCUGAUUGGUUGACUUGCCUGCUGUAUUUUCCAUCUGAUUGGCUAAAAUAUCACAGAUAUUAGGGACCAAUCUGAUUGGUCUAUCAUACAGCAUACUGAUUGGUUGCUUGCCAGCUUUCUUUGCCAUCUGAUUGGUUGACACCACAACCAAUGGCCAAGUGAAGUUGAAGUAAUUUUGUACAAAAGUGCCCUUUCUUCCCUGUGUAAUAGGGAGUAUUGUAAAUAGUUCUGUAUAAACAUGUAUACAUAACAUUCUAUUUUUCUAGCUACUAAAUGUGGUUGCUGGUCGCCAUCUCUCUCUUUCUUUCAUCCUUCAUUUUCAAAGUUCUGAGAACUUGUUUUAACUCACUUUCUGGGAGACUGUUCUUUACCAUUAUGUAACAUUUCUUUUAAAUGUGACUGCCAGAAAAACAUACGUGUGACAUCAAAUGUAUAGAUUCUUUGCUUCUUCUGUUGGUAUAUGAUAUACACUCCUUAUAAUAUAACAUAGUGAAAUUUUGAGAGUUCUAAUAAGUUAUAAUUGCACAGAUACUACAAAUUUCUUUUUAUAGUCACAGUAACAACGUAGUACACAUGAAGUUAACUUUGUGCUAAGUGACCAUCUUAGAAUUGUUCUUGAUUUCACAAUGAGACAUUACAGAAGCAAAUGAUAAUAAGUCUGAUUGAUGACUAGUUCUAUCAACUCUGACCUCUACUUCCUGACACUCUGACCUUUGCAGUCAUCCUUCCACUCAGUUACAAAGUAGCACACACAAAGUAAAUGUUAUUAAUGUAAUUGAUGCUGUAUCACAUUCAUUUUAGUAUAAGUUUUUUCAAUGUUUUGAAAAGAAAACUUGUAAGCUAAUGUUGGUGUGCCAGAAAAUUACUUUUUUUUUACUGAAGAUGAUAUGUUGUGAUUAGAUUGACACUUAUUUUCUGUCCUAGCAUUUACUGACUGGCGGUUAUGUUUAUUAACUAUUUUGUACAUAUUAACUCUUGUAAAUAUGUCCUGCUGAAAGCACAAAUAAUAAUAUGGAUGAAUUCUUGUUGGAGGGAAGUCCUCAAUAAAAGCUAACUUGAAAAAUA